UUUAAUUACCUAUAAAUUAGCAGCUUAUUCAGCAUGAAUAUGGAGGAGGCUGCCACCUUGCUAAUGGCUGAAGGUCCCCUUGGGCUGUGGGACAGUAAUGGGUUUAGUGAGCUGCAUAUGUGAUGUUUGAUUUUAAUUACUCACUCAGAUGAGUGCCAAAUGCAUGUGCAUGAUUGAGCAUCCUUCGUAAUUCAACCAGAUGAGAUCCUCCUCUCAUCUUCUCCCUCUUUUGCCCUUUGCCUGUCUUAGUGCAACUUGCCUUGCAUUCAAAAUUACUAACUGUGGGGUCCAAAAGACUGAGACCAGUAGUAAAAAUGUUUUUGUAAUUUAAUAUAUAUAUGAUUUAAUUUAAUUUCAAAUUAUUGUUAAUUAAAUGGAUGAUCCACUGAAAAAUAAAAAUUCAUAUUUAUUAACCCUCAUGGCCUCAAACUUUUCCUCAGCUGAACACAAAGAAAAAGCAUUGGUCUUAAAAAAAACAUUAUUAGUUGAUCUCAGUUUCGUUGUUUGGUUAAGUGACCUUGAAUUAGUGCAGAAUUAUGCAUUUCUUAGUAAUUUUACAUAAUAAUAUUGAAUUGUUUUACUUGUUUUAAAAUCCUGAAACUUUAUUUGCAGGUUUAAAUUAUACUAUUGAGUCCCAACUGUUCAGUGUGGUUUUUUAGGCAUUUGGACCCCACUGUAAUUAAGGGCUAGACCCCAUACUUGUGGAUGCUCACUGAAUCUCAUUUUACAUCUCUGGGCUGUGGGAACAGAACAGGAGCUGGGGUUGAAGAGGGUUUCUUCAUUGGGGAAUUGUGACUAGCAUGAGGACCUGUUACCCCUCUGGAUUACCUCAAAGCUCAAGACUCAUCCUUCACCUGCAGCCGCUCUUUCAUUAGCUGAUAGCGCCCAUUUGCACAGCCUAUAAUCAGUCUCGCCAGUUGGAGCCGUGCCAGAUCCCUUCCUCUGCAGCUUUAAAACAUGCCUUUUUGUUCUUUUAAAUGGGAUUUUUCCUUGUACUCUCCUUCUGUCUAUUUUAAUCAGUUCUUUUCUCUCUUUGUCUCAAUCUUUCUGCUCCCUGUCUACUUCAGUCUUCAGUCUCAUCCCUUUUAUCACGGUCUCAUUUAAUUUCUUCCCCUUUCCACCUCCCACCUCUAUGUCCUUUUCCCCUUCUUUUACCUCAUCUUGCAUCUCUAUCAUCCCAAUCUCCACUGAUGUUUCCGUCAUCUCCAAUUCUGCAGUAUGUAGAGACCCUCUCGUCAUUUAAGCGAGACAGACGUGAAAGAGUACGAGGUGCAGCAGAGGUGAAACACUCUUGCAUUUGUGUAUUUUGAUGUACAUGCUGCUAGCUGCUUGUGCUCAAUCCUCAUCCCCCCGUCUCUCUCAGUGAGUGGGAGAUCCCGGGAGCGGGAAGGCCGUUUAAAUGAAACUCAUGAACUGGGCAGUGCUUGUCUGCAGCAGUAACAGCAGCUGUGCUCCACUCAGAGGAGUGUUUAUCGUAAGCUAGCAAACCUGCAGCAAGCAUGUGGAACCGGGCGAGUUAUUCUGAGCACAUCCCUCAAUCCGAGCAGCCCUUCUGCAAUGUGCCGCACAGCCACAACCAGAGGACGACGACGUUCAGGCAUCCUGUGACGGGACAUAUCUCCUCAGAAAACACUGACUUCAUUUUACAGGACCAGGCAAAUUUACGCAUGUCCAAGCCACCACCAGAGCCGAGGCCUCCCAGCAUGGUCAGCGAGUCCUCUGUAGUCAUCUCCUCAUCCCCUGCGGACACCACCUCAGGAUCCAGGAGUUUGAAACCCAGUGGGAAGGUGCAUUGCUUUGGCAAGCGUGACCAUUCCAUCAAGAGGAACCCUAAUGUCCCAGUGGUGGUGAGAGGAUGGCUCUACAAACAGGACAGCUCAGGCAUGAGACUGUGGAAGAGGAAAUGGUUUGUGUUGUCUGAUUACUGCCUGUUUUACUAUAAAGAUAGUCGAGAGGAGACGGUUCUAGGCAGCAUUCCUCUGCCCAGCUAUGUCAUUUCCCCCGUGGGACCCGAGGACCACAUUAGCCGCAAGUACGCCUUCAAGGCCUGCCACACGGGAAUGCGCUCCUACAUUUACAAUAAGAAUUCUCUGAUUGGCUCGCAGGCCGAGCACUGUGGCAUGAGGACCUACUUCUUCAGCGCCGACACACAAGAGGACAUGAAUGGCUGGAUCCGGGCCAUGAAUCAGGCUGCACUGAUGCAGAGCCAUGUUGUGAAGAGAGAAGCCGAAAGGAGCUCCAAACCUGAGCAGCAAGCAGUCCCUCAGACCAACCAUUUCAGCAGCAGCGUCAAAAUCUCCUCCCAGACCGAAGGCCUCCAGCAGACAGCGCAUGUGGAGGUGGCAGAGCUGAGGCCGGAGCGAGAUGGGGAGGAGUGCUAUGUUUACAGCAAGGAAGUGUCCGAGGAUCCUGUUAAACUCUCCUCUGGAGAGAUGGAGAUGGAAGGGAUUUCCCAAUCAGGUGCCCAUUCUCGCCCACAUUCUACGGUUCCCACUCAUAUGAACGGGCUGCCCUCCUCAGGCAUACCUCCUGAUCAGAACGGGAACGUGGUUUAUAAGAGGGGUCUCGUCCCCCGUACAGACACAGAGAAAAAGGUGCAAAGGAAAACUGCGCUGGCUCAGGUCGAGCACUGGGUGAAGGUGCAGAAAGGAGACCCCAAAAGCCAUCCCACUGCUGAGUACACCCUUCCUAGACGGACACCACCUCUCCAGCCUAAGUCCGUCAUGAUGGAGACGUACCAGUCGUUGCCAAAGACCACUCGCCACCACUCCGGAGGCAGUUCACCACCAGUGCCCCGUAACCUGCCUAGUGACUAUAAGUAUGCCCACGACCGUCUUAGUCACUUUCGUAUGUCCUCUGAUGAGCGGUUGGCUACUAAAGAGGGCAUGGUGUGGCAGCUGUAUGAGUGGCAGCAGCGCCAACAGUUCCGGCAUGGAAGCCCCACCGCACCAAUCUACACCGGGCCUGACUACAUGGACACGUCUGCCUUCAGAGUUACUCUGGAAAUGCCACGAUCCAUAUCUGUGCCCCCAUCACCAUGUGACAUACCCCCACCCAGCCAUCCCUCCAAGUCCUUGUCCCCACGCAGGCCCCACACGCCCGCCGACAGGCUGACCGUAUGCCCACUGGAUGACUUCGCCACCAUGGACACUCCCAGUUUGGGUUCUCCCAGAGGAAUAUGUUCCCAGAUCUCAAAGACCUCACAAAUAGAGAGGAGAUCCAUGCCAACUAUGGGGUACAUCACGCACACAGUCAGUGCACCAAGUCUGCAUGGAAAAACGCUGGAGGAGUUGACCCUGCUGCUCAUCCAGCUCAGGAGACACCGGGCCAAGAUGGCCAGCGUACACUGCGACACAUUCACACACCUGCAGAACCAGCACAACAGCCUCUCAGGCCCCAGUUUGCAGGCAGAUGACACUUACAUCCAGCUGAAGAAGGACCUGGAGUAUCUAGACCUGAAGGUAACUGGACGUGACUCGCUUAAAGAUCGACCACCUCGGCCUGUUAAAAUAGCUGAAAGUGACAUAGAUGUAAAGCUUAGUAGGUUAUGUGAGCAAGACAAGAUCCUACAGGAGCUGGAGGCCAGGAUACGCACACUCAAAGAAGAUAAGGACAAGCUUGAGUCAGUUCUGGAUGUUUCCCAUCAGCAGAUGGAGCAGUACCACGAUCAGCCCGCCCAUGCAGAGAAGAUCGCCUAUCAGCAGAAGCUGUUACGGGAGGACGUGGUCCACAUCAGGGCGGACAUCUCACAAGUGUCCACGGAGAUGGAGAACGCUUGGGCAGAGUACAGCCAAUUGGAGAGAGAUGUGGACAGACUGCGUUCAGCCCUUCAAGACCAGAUGACCCACAGUGCUCUCUCUCAGCAGGAGAAAUGUCAGCUGAGAAAGGAGCUGUGGCGGAUCGAGGAUGUGCUUGCAGGCCUAAGCUCCAGCAAAGCCAACUACAAAGUGACCAUUGACUCUAUUCGGAAUCCAGGUGAGAGCGGGCCCCUGCCUGCCAUCACCCCCAUGCACUGGAACACAGACCGAGAGAGAAAACUUGUGCCUUCAGCAUCAUUGUCCGCAGUGCCUUCUCUCACUGCAAGCCCAUCUAUGGAUGAACUGAAAGCUGCUCAGCCCAGCCCCCAUCUCAGCCCAGUGCAGUCUACCCAGCAGCCCUUGCAGCUCUCACAUUCAGCCCACAAGCCAAAAUGGCCUGAAGAGGAUGCUCCACCCAGACCCCCUCUCCCUCAUGUCUACAGUCCAGAUGAACACCCCCCGGUAGUGCCCCCUCUCCCCAAAGAAACCUCUGUCAUCCGCCACACAUCAGUCCGGGGACUUAAACGACAGUCUGAUGAGCGGAAGCGUGAUCGUGAGUUUGGGCAGUACACUAAUGGAGAUCAUAAGGUUGAGAUACGAGCGUUCCUGAGUGAGCCUGAGCUACUGGCAGUUGGUGGACAAAUUGGGGGCUUGAGCCGUGAUAGUGGUUAUCAAACUCUACCAAACAGAGGUUUGACAGGCUCAUCUUCAAGACUGAACCAGUCAUCAAACAUUUCAUCAUUUGUCACCCUCAGAAGAGGACUCACCACCACAAGCUUGAAGGAGAGACCAAAGAGUGCCUUGGAGCGGCUGUAUUCUGCGGAGCCUGUGCAGCAGCACGGCCGCAUGAGUGCCGAAGAGCAGCUGGAGAGGAUGAAGCGUCACCAAAAGGCUCUCGUACGGGAGCGCAAGAGAACGCUCAGCCAGGGCGAGCGGCAGGCAUCCUCAUCUCGUGCCUCCUCCACAUCCAGACCCGUGUCUGCAGACCUGGGAUCAUGGAGGAGAGAGCAGGACUUUGAUUUGCAGCUUCUGGAGCGGGCCGUGCAGGGUGAAGAGAGACCAGUCGAGCACAAAGAGAGACAGCGCUCUCACUCAGACGAGUGGCUCACCCUGAGCAGCACACCCAUGAGAGAACUGGAUCUGGAGCCUCUGGACUACCAGCUGGAUCUCAGCAAAGAGCUUGCAAAGCCACAAAAGGUGGCCAUCCCUGAGCGUUAUGUGGACCUGGAUCCAGAGGAGCCCCUUAGUCCUCAGGAAGUGGAGGCCAGACAUCGUAAAGUGGAACAAAUCAAGAGCAUCCUUGCUAAGUCUAGUGUCCAGAAUAUACCUCCUCCAGCAGCAGUAGACAAGCCGAUGCUGCCGGACAUAGACUCGGCUCUACAGGAGCAAGAGAGAAUCAUCACCAUGUCCUAUGCUUUAGCAUCAGAGGCCUCGCUCAAGAGCAAGCAAGUGGCAGCCUCACCGCCGGUUAACAGUCCCACCUCACUCCCUCAACCUCCACCUCCUCCUCCUCCUCCUCCUCUUCCUUCCCCCGCUCCUGUUGCCGUCUCUACGGCUCAGUCUGCACCCCCUCCCCUGAGCAAUGGAUUUCACUACACCUUUGUCUAAUCAGAGAAAAACAAAAGAGAAGGAGGGUGGAGAGUGUUUACCUGACUACUAUUUAGUAAGCCAAAGCUGUGUCUGGAUAUUGAGGUGCUGUCACAUUCUGAAAACCCCACUAGUGGUGGACAAACUUAAACUCUGCUUAUCGAAUCACAUCGCUCACAUUUAGAGAUGACGCUAGUGUACUUUUGGACUCACAUUGGAACUCACUUCUGAAAUGCAUUUUUGUAGAGCUAUUAUUUGAUAUGGACUUUCUGCUGUGCAUAUGCUGUACAAAAUCUAACCAUGAAAACCCAGAUAUAGAGAGCCAUUUUAUAUCCAUUACUGCACUUUGAAUAUGCACCGUAUUGUAGAGAACAUUUAAAGCUCAUGUUUUACUUCUUAAGGCAAGACAGAUGCUUAAAUGGAGUUCAGGUUGAAACCAACGGUAACGUAAAGACUAAAAAAGUAUUUUACAUGUAUAUAACUACAUGAAGGGUACAAAAUGUCAAAUGUUGAUUGUAUUUUGUCAAUUCAGAUGAUAUUCUUACACCAAAUCACUUGAAAUAUUAUUUUUAUGUAUCCAACACUGCCAGUCUCCAGUUAGCUUGCCAAAUGCAUUUUAUUUUUGUUGACAAAUUUAAGAAAAAAAUAACAUUCAUAUUUUCAGACAGGAUUUGUGGGAAAGUGGUUGGGGAAGAAUAUGCCACAUACUUUUUUUUAAAGAAACUGUAAAUAUUAAAGAUAUUAACAAGC